AUUAAUGAAAUGAAACUAACAAUUCCUCAUUUUUUGUUGUUGGAGAAUGAUAACAAGACAGUCACAAGAAGAAGCAUCCGAAUUCCUAAUUUAGAAUCGAAUUUGGAGAAGAUAAUAGAAGAGAGGAAAGGAGGGUAUGAAUGAUCAGAAAGGAAGAGAAGGUGAAAGUGUUGUUGGUCGGAAGCGAAUCAAGGAUAAGCAACAACCCUGUCCUUCCUCCACAAGGCCAAACAACCCACACCGUCGCUGUGCUUCUCUCCCUAACGCUCAAUACGAAGAGGAAUCUGAAACAGACAUUGAGGGAUCAGAUGUUAGUGGUUCAGAAGGGGAGGACACGUCUUGGAUCUCAUGGUUUUGCAAUUUGAGAGGAAAUGAAUUCUUUUGCGAGGUUGAUGAUGAUUUCAUACAAGAUGAUUUCAACCUCUGUGGAUUAAGUAGUCAAGUGCCUUACUAUGAUUAUGCACUUGAUUUAAUUUUGGAUGUUGAGCCCUCCCACGGAGACAUGUUCACGGAGGAGCAAAAUGAGUUAAUUGAAUCUGCAGCAGAGAUGCUUUAUGGUCUGAUUCAUGCCCGUUACAUUUUGACAAGCAAGGGAAUGGCUGCAAUGCUGCACAAGUACAAGAACUACGACUUUGGCAGAUGUCCGAGAGUUUACUGCUCUGGACAACCCUGCCUUCCUGUUGGCCAGUCAGAUGUUCCUAGGUCAAGUACUGUAAAAAUAUAUUGCCCCAAGUGUGAAGACAUUUGCUACCCAAAGUCCAAGUAUCAAGGUAACAUUGAUGGGGCUUAUUUUGGAGCUACAUUUCCUCACCUCUUUCUGAUGACUUAUGGGAAUCUGAAGCCACAAAAGCCAUCACAGAACUAUGUGCCCAGAGUUUUUGGUUUCAAAGUUCACAAGCCAUGAAGCUGGAUGGAUUUUCCAGCUAUCAUCAAAGUAAAAAUCUGAGCAUGCCUUGUUUAGUUUAGUCUUUGUUGUAUUUCAUUAAAAUUCAAUGGAUUUUCAGUUUCUGAAAUCAGUACAAUCUAGAUGCACACAUGUUGUGUAAACUGUAAAGAUAUAUGCAGGCAGCAAGAGCUUAAUGUUGCUUUCUGCUUCAAAUACAGUGUGCCUUUGUAAAGCUUUUCUGAUAGAUUUUUAGGUUAAGUAACCUGAAUGCACUUUUCAAUAUAGGGUUAACCAUUUCUUU